CCAAACUGAGGGGAGGUCAGAACAGAGCUGGGGCCAGGGGGUUGUGGGUCAUCCUGAGAUGGCAGCCUGGAGGAGGAUGCUCGAACUGGGGGAAUGCAUUGGAGUUCAUUUUAGGACACCGGGAGCCCGAGGUAUCAAGGAGACACCCCAUGGGGAGUACUGGGGCUGGAGAGGGGUGGUGCGGAUGGGAAAGGGGCGGCCCCUCCCACGGCGAUUGGGAAGGGACCUGGCCGGGUCAUUCCGGAGGAGAAGGCAGGGAGCGCGGUGCCCAGCGGCCCCUUUAAUCGGGGCCGCGCGCCAGCCGGCCCGCGCGCUCUCGCCGCCGUCGCCGGGCCGGAGUGGGAGCGGGAGCGGAACCCGGGCCGGGGCCGGGGCCGGAGCGGGUGGAAUGGAGCCCCCGCGCGCGCCCGCUCUGCGCCGCCUGCUGCCGCCGCUGCUGCUCCUGCUGCUGCCGCUGCCCCCCCGCGCCCGGGCCAAGUACGUGCGGGGCAACCUCAGCUCCAAGGAGGACUGGGUGUUCCUGACGAGAUUUUGCUUCCUCUCGGAUUACGGCCGACUAGACUUCCGUUUCCGAUACCCUGAGGCCAAGUGCUGUCAGAACAUCCUCCUCUAUUUUGAUGACCCAUCCCAGUGGCCAGCCGUGUACAAGGCAGGGGACAAGGACUGCCUGGCCAAGGAGUCAGUGAUCAGGCCAGAGAACAACCAGGUCAUCAACCUCACUACCCAGUAUGCCUGGUCAGGCUGUCAGGUGGUGUCAGAGGAGGGAACUCGCUACCUGAGCUGCUCCAGUGGCCGCAGCUUCCGCUCGGUGCGUGAAAGGUGGUGGUACAUUGCGCUCAGCAAGUGUGGCGGAGAUGGGCUGCAGCUGGAGUAUGAGAUGGUCCUCACUAACGGCAAGUCCUUCUGGACACGGCAUUUCUCUGCUGAUGAGUUUGGGAUCCUGGAGACUGAUGUGACUUUCCUCCUCAUUUUCAUCCUCAUCUUCCUCCUCUCCUGUUACUUUGGAUAUUUGCUGAAAGGUCGUCAGCUGCUUCACACGACUUAUAAAAUGUUCAUGGCUGCAGCAGGAGUGGAGGUCCUAAGCCUCCUAUUUUUCUGCAUCUACUGGGGCCAGUAUGCCACGGAUGGCAUUGGCAACGAGAGCCUGAAGAUCCUGGCCAAGCUGCUCUUCUCCUCCAGCUUCCUCAUCUUCCUGCUGAUGCUGAUCCUUCUGGGGAAGGGAUUCACGGUGACACGGGGCCGCAUCAGCCACUCGGGCUCGGUGAAGUUGUCUGUCUACAUGACCCUGUACACUCUCACCCACGUGGCGCUGCUCAUCUACGAGGCUGAGUUCUUUGACCCGGGCCAGGUCCUGUACACCUAUGAGUCGCCAGCGGGCUACGGGCUCAUUGGGCUGCAGGUGGCGGCCUACGUGUGGUUCUCCUAUGCUGUGCUCGUCUCCUUGCGCCACUUCCCGGAGAAGCAGCCCUUUUACGUGCCCUUCUUUGCUGCCUACACCCUCUGGUUCUUUGCAGUUCCGGUCAUGGCCCUGAUCGCCAACUUCGGGAUCCCCAAGUGGGCCCGGGAGAAGAUUGUCAAUGGAAUCCAGUUGGGGAUCCAUCUGUAUGCCCACGGCGUGUUCCUGAUCAUGACGCGCCCCUCGGCGGCCAACAAGAACUUUCCGUACCACGUGCGCACGUCGCAGAUCGCCUCGGCCGGAGCCCCGGGCCCUGGAGGCAGCCAAUCCGCAGACAAGGCCUUCCCGCAGCACGUCUAUGGGAACGUGACGUUCAUCAGCGACUCGGUGCCCAACUUCACGGAGCUCUUCUCCAUACCCCCGCCCGCCUCCUGCGCCGGGAAGCAGGUGGAGGAGACAGCGGUGGUGGCGGCGGCGGCGGCCCCGAGGGGCCGCGUGGUGACCAUGGCCGAGCCGGGCGCGGCCUCCCCGUCCCCUUCCUCUCGGUUCCCCAAGGCGGCCGACCCAAGCUGGGAUGGCCCGACGCCGCCCUACCAGCCGCUCGUGCCCCAGGCAGCGGCGCCGCACACCGGCUUCACCGAGUACUUCAGCAUGCACACGGCCGGGGGCACCGCACCCCCGGUCUGAGCACCCCUGCCCGCCCCUGCCCCAUGGGCCGCGCGCCGGGCCCCGGCCGGGCUCCAGAUCCCCUCUCUCACCCGGCCCCAGGGCUCUGUCAUCCCCGGCCUUGCCAAACCUCCCCACCCCGCGCGCCCAGGUAGGGGUGCGUAGUGUCCUGCUCCCGCCCAGUCCCCCUUUGACUCGUGCCAAACGGUCCCGCGGGAGCCGCUCUCCCCGUCCCCUCCCUCAGCCCCUGCCCCGAGCGGCACCGGAUUCUGGGCUCCCGCUGUUCCGUGACCUCCGGCCCCCUGGCCCCCUCCGAGACCUCUGACUCCGCCGGACCCCGGAACACCAGUGACGAUCGCCGGGACCCUGCCUGAGGUUCUCCAGGAAUCCGCGACCCCGAGCCACUCACUGCUCCCAGGACAGAUACUGUGAAGCUACUCUCGACUCUGAAACCUUCCCCUGGAUCUCUGUGACCUCGGACCCGUACUCUGCCCCCCUAUCUCCAUCCCGGAGGCCUCCCUCAGGUCCUUGGCAGAAAGACUUUUUCCCCUUCUUGCCAAAAUAAAGAGGAUUCGUUGAGUUUUUAUCUUUAA